UCGCAGUCUGCAGUCGCGCACGCAUCCAAACUCCCGAGUCCUCUGUCUCUCGCGGCCUCCGCUUCAUCCUUCAGCUCACCACGCCGCCCCGCGAGCUAGCACGUCGUCCCAGCCAAACCCGAACCCAUGGACUUCAGCGGCGAGAUCGACGACUUCAACAUGCAGUUCAUCCGCGAGCAGCUUCUCGGCGGCGAGGCCUGCCUCCCCGUCGUUAAUGUUCCUGGCGCCGCGGCGUACUCUGCGCCAUCGGUUCACCCCGCCGCGCAGGCGGCGUUCCAGCACCCCGCGGCGUUCGUGCCGCAGCCGCAGCACCUGCAUCAGGCCGCGUACGUCGACUUGACAAACGAGUACGCGGACGCCGCCGCGGCCGUCGCCGAGGCGGCCUUCCGGGCGGAGCCGGUGAUGAUUCGGUUCGGGGGCGAGCCUUCGCCGGUGUCCGACCCCGGCCGGAGGCCGCUGCUCACGAUCUCCCUGCCCCCGACCUCGCACGCCUGGGGACCCGCGGCGGCGGCCAUGGACGCGAACGACUUCCGCAAGUACCGCGGCGUGCGGCAGCGGCCGUGGGGCAAGUUCGCGGCGGAGAUCCGCGACCCCAAGAAGCGCGGCUCCCGCGUGUGGCUCGGCACCUACGACACCGCCAUCGAGGCCGCGCGCGCGUACGACCGCGCCGCGUUCCGCAUGCGCGGCGCCAAGGCCAUCCUCAACUUCCCCAACGAGGUCGGCUCCCGCGGGGCCGACUUCCUCGCGCCCCCGCCCCCGCCGCCGCAGUCGUCCCAGCAGAACAAGCGGAAGCUGGCGCACGACGCCGCCGAGGCCGAGCCAGCAGCCAAGUCCGUCAAGGCCGAGGCGUUCGGGUCCCCGGCGUCGUCCCUCACAUCCUCUUUAUCCCCCGCGACAACCACGGCCUCGACGGUGACGGCGACGUCCUCGCCGUCGUCGGAGGCCGGAGCGACCGAGAUGUUCCCGUUCUCGAUGACGCCGUCGAGCUGGACGUGGGAGCAGCUGGAGGGCUUUUUCGGCAGCCUGUCGCCGCUCUCGCCGCACCCGCAGCUGGGCUUCCCGGAGGUCACCGUUAAUUAAGUGUCGGCCGCUUAAGCGUAUGAUUAGCUGUAAAGGCGUUAAUAAUUAUUAGCGGUUUUUAGUUAUGGACGGCCUUGGCUUUGGACUCAUCUCGAGGAUUUGGCGUAGCUUGGAGCUGCGUGUGUGUGUGUGCGUGUGUGUGUGUGUACAGAAUGAAGGGGAGAGGUGAUAGAAUAUUAGUGAAAUGUGGGUCGGUGAACUGCAAGAUCGACAUAGAUCAAUAGAAAAUAGAUGUGGAAAUAAUAUCAGGAGUGAUAGAACGAGGGGUUUGAUGUGAUUUGUACAUUAAGUAAAGAAGAGUGUACUGCCUGCUUUUAUUUAA